AUGAAAACGUGAACAUGGUUGUUGUCCUUCCUUCAGCUUUUUCACCUGCGCUGUUGCGGUGGAUGAAAAAAGUCCGAGCAGCCGUGGGGACCUCCCUGCCAGGGGUGUAUUCACUAGGAACCAACCGGAACCAAACUGCAGAAACGGGGAGGGAUCAAUCUGAAUGUAUCCAAUAUAAAACGUUUUGCUACGGUUUGCACUCAUGAAUAUACGCUAUAAAUUAGGUGGUGGGCUGGUUCCUGGCAGCACAGCUAGAUGACUAAACGGAGCAGAAAGGGGAAAUGAUUCUUCGAGGAUUUGUCUGUUCUGUUUUAAUGAUUUUGGUGUUAUAGGACAGUCUACGGAGCACGAUAUCAGGUAAAAUGUUUAAGAUUAAGUUUGGAGUUGCUUCAGUCCUGUUAUUUAAUUUAGCCUACAACGUUAUCACAGAACGCAAGGUUGUGAUGAGAUGCGUUUUGCUCAUCAAGUUGAGUUUGGGUUGUUGUCCGAGUGAAAUUGUGUACUGCUCUAUUUAAUUGUAAUGUGCAUUAUUCCUUAAAUGUAAUGUGUUGCGACUGUUGUCUGUUACAAUAAAUAAUGUCGAGAAUAUAGGUGUGUACCUGCGCUUGUGUUUUGGCCCGACAUUUUUGCCAUGGUGUUCAGUUUGGUCACAGAAAGAAACUUGUCAUAUUGCAUUCUCUUGUGUAGCCUACUGUAACAGUAAAAUACAUGUAGCAACAUGAAAUAGAUUAGAGAGAUGAUAAAUCAUAACCUAAGCCUAUAAUUAAAUGCCUGGAAAGGGUUCAAGGUGUGUUGAAGGGUGGUAAAGAAUGUCUUUCAGUGAUGAAAUUGUUGUGAAAAUAUUAACUUUUGUUAUAUUUUUACAUUUUUUUAACAUUUUACGUCAUUUAGCAGACGCUCUUAUCCAGAGCGACUUACAGUUAGUGCAUACAUUAUUCUUUUUUAUUUUCAUACUGGCCCCCCGUGGGAAUCGAAACACACGACCCUGGCGUUGCAAACGCCAUGCUCUACCAACUGAGCUACCUCCCAGCCGGCCAUUCCCUCCCCUACCCUGGACUACGCUGGGCCAAUUGUGCGCCGCCCCAUUUGUCUCCCGGUUGCGGCCGGCUACAGCAGAGCCUGGAUUCUAGUGGCACAGAUAGCACUGCGAUGCAGUGCCUUAGACCGCUGCACCACUCGUUAUAGAUGUCCUAUGAGUCAAUGGCCUGGAAUCUAAUAACUGAUGUCUAUAAAAAAUAAAGUAAUCACCGACCAUAGCCGCGAUAAGUAGGGGCGCUGAAAAAUCGGAAUAAAAACACCCAACAUAUGAAUUGUAGUUCUUCACAAAAGUAGCGCACUGGGCCUUUAAUAGUCCUGUAUCGUCUGCAACACCAGCACAGUCAAAAAGAUUUGUCCAGCCCCAUUGUCUACUCGGACAAAAUAGGUGUCAUUUCAUUUCCUGUUAUAGAAUGGUGUUAAAUUGCCUUAACAGAAAAGGGGCUUGUGUCUGUUAUCUAUUUAAAUCAGAUAUGUUGCACUUAAUACAGUUUAUGCAGCUUGCUAACUUCUUAAGGCAAGAUAAAGUCAACUUUUGCUGAAAUUUGUUGCAUGACCAUAAAUAAUUAAAACAGCAAUGCUCUAGCAGGGUUUUGCUCUACAAUAUACAGGAAGUAGGAUGAAAGUGAGGAGAUGAUCAGGAGAUGACCCCAUGAACAUACAAUAACCCUCAAAACAUUUCCCGCCCAUUCCAGGUAGGAUGAGAGACAGACUGGUUGACCUGAAGGGGGUGGCCCCCGCUUCUCCACACACAGACGAGGGAGGUCAGGGUCGGGGCACUGAUGACGAGGAAGAACUGGAGCAGCAGUCAGUGGUGUUCGAAGACAUGAUGGACAGCAUCUUCAGAGAGGCCCAGUCCAUGAGGAAGGAGAUCGCUCUGCUCCGGAUGGAUGUGAAGCGUCUGGGCAAGCAGAACACCCGAUUCCUCACCUCUGUCCGGCGGAUCAGCUCCAUCAAACGAGACUCCAACGCCCUGGCCAAGGGCAUCAAGACCCAGGGGGAGGGCAUCUACACACGGCUGGAGAAGAUCGGCAUGCAGCACAAACAGCUGGAAGAAGAGCACGGUGCCCAUUCUGCUCUGGUCCGCAUGGUGCGCUCACAGUAUGUUUCUCUCACCGGGGCCUUCCACGAGGCCAUGUCUGAGUACAACCAAGCGGAGAUGAGCCAGAGGGAGAACUGCAAGACCCGGAUCCAGCGCCAGGCAGAGAUCAUGGGCAAGGAGGUGACCGGCGAGCAGAUCGAGGAGAUGGUCGAGACGGGUAAGUGGAACGUGUUCUCCGACAACCUCCUGACGGACGGGCGGAUGGCACGAUCAGCGCUCACGGAGAUCGAGAACCGGCACAAGGAGUUGGUUGAGCUGGAGAGUCGGAUCAAGGACAUCCAUGAGCUGUUCUUCCAGAUGGCUCUGCUGGUGGAGGAACAGGGGGCCAUGGUGGACAACAUAGAGGCCAACGUAGUCGCCACAACAGACUUCGUGGGCAAGGCCCAGGCUCAGAUAAAGAUGGCGGUGAAGUACAAGAAGAACAACCCCUGUAGGAAGUUGUUCUGUUGUUGUUUCCCUUGCUGCAACAAGUGAGACAGACAGCGACCGAUAUCAGUGUUAUUGUUUUAUCUAAAGUCAAGAUCCUCUCAAAAGUUUUUUCAUGGCCAUGAAAAUGUAUUUAAAGAAGUAGAAGUAAUCAAUUUGCAGUUGUUUACACAAGUAUGAACUUGAUCCUGAAGAUGUACAGUAUGUGUGUUCCAAUGUACACUGAGUGUACAAAAC